AUGAGUUCUUGCACCAGUACUCGCCGUACCACAAUUUGUCCGACGACAAGACUUACCCACCGGCGCUAUUCGUCACAUCUACAAAGGACGACCGUGUCCACCCAGGAGCAAACCUUCUACUAUGAAAACAUCGAGGGAGGUCAUGGCGGCGCAGCUGACAACAAGCAGCGAGCAUUCAUGCAGGUAUGCAUUCUUAUGGAAGACGUUGUCACCCAGUCAGCGGCCGGAGACGAUACCAUGAGUCGCGGCGUGCCUGUUUUGAGCGACUGCGAGGAGGAAGAUGCGGACGACCUCAGCACCAGAUUGCCGUCUACGGUCCACACAUCCACACGCAGCAUCCAAGCAUCUUUGGAAGAGGGCUAUGACAUGAAGGAAGUCCUCGGGGAGGGCAAGUUCGGAAAAGUGCACAAGGUGGUCCGCAAAGGCAGCAAAGAGCGCUUCGCUGUGAAGGUGAUGCAGAGAGCCGACAGCCUCGGGGAGCUCAAAGCGCUCGCGGACUUGGAGCAUCCACACAUCGUGCGGCUCCAUGAGGCUCGGGAGCACGAGGGGCAUGCCUACUUGGUGAUGGAGCUUUGCAAAGGUGGUACUUUGAUAGAGUGGAUUGGCAGCCGCUUCGAGAAGCACAUGGGCAAGGAGAUCUACAUGCACCCGUCCACGAAGCAAGUCGGGCGAUGCUUGUGGCAAGUUCUGGAUGCCAUACAGUACCUCCACAGCUACAACAUCGUCCACCGUGAUGUCAAGCCUCCGAAUCUUCUACUUGCCCAGGGUGGCUCGAACUUGCAGCUGAAGUUGGCGGACUUCAACUUGGCCACAGAGCUCCAAGGGGAGGUUUUGACGGCACGUUGUGGCACCCCCGGCUUCAUGGCGCCAGAGGUGGUCGAGUGUCACUACACCGAGCUCUGCGACGUCUGGAGUGCCGGGGUUGUGUUCUACCAGGUUGUGACAGGAGAGCGACUUUGGAGGCAGGCUGACGCAGAGGCGCACUACGAGCAGCUUCUGGCCGAGACCCCCCUGAAACUGGAGAGCACCGCUGCUUGGAGCAACCACGCCCAAGGCGCGCUCGACCUGUGCCAAGAGCUACUUCGCUUGGAGUCGCAAGGGCGGCCCACAGCAUCAGCCGCCAUGGGGAACCCCUGGCUGCAGAAGCAUGCGAAUUUUGCCGAACAAGGGUGCUGCGCGAUCAGCUAA